AUGGUGCGCUUGGUGCGGUCCUGGAUGAAGCACCUGCUGGAGUUCCUGGCCGGCAGCCAGCACUUCCUCCAGGGCCGCACCAUGCUCACCAUCAGCAAUCGAGGUCCGGGCAUUCACCCAACGAGUACUGAUGAUGCAAACGAUACGGCCCUGGAGGAAGCGCCUGCUGGAAUCAAUGGCCGUCAACUAGCGCUUCCUCGACGGCGGCAACGCACUCCAUCUGCUCGAUCAGACGAGCAUCAUAACCUGUUGCAGGAGUUAGUUGUUGUGGAGUGCGCCGUGUACAUCACGUGCACAUAG